AACACAACUAACCGUGGUUAAAUAUAACCUGGCAGAACAUGUCAUCCUAACUCAGUGACAGUCAGAUGCCGAUGACCGGCGCACGCGCAGACUAUAUUAAGAUGGCGUAUUUCAGGCUAUUUUUGUUUUUAUUCCUCAUUGGCAUAGUGAAAAGUCAAGGGCCGAAUCCCUUAGUGCGUGUAGCCAGUGGUAUUUUGCAGGGCACAUGGAAGGUUUCCACAAACGGAAGGAAUUAUGCAAGCUUCCUUGGAAUACCCUAUGCCAAACCUCCGGUUGGAAAAUAUAGGUUUAGGGAGCCGCAACCUGUGAAACCCUGGGCAGGAGUGUGGGAUGCCACGCGAGCUUUAUCUGAUUGCCUACAAUAUGACCCCUUCCGAAGGAAUAUUGCAGGUAGCGAAGACUGUCUCUUCAUAAACGUCAACACUCCAAACCCAAAUGCUGGCGCCUUAAUGCCGGUGGUUAUCUUCAUCCAUGGUGGCGCCUUCAUGUAUGGAGGGGGAGGAGGUUACAGUGCUGUGCAUUUGAUGGAUAGAGAUAUGGUCUUUGUGACGUUGAAUUAUCGAUUGGGACCUUUAGGUUUCCUGAGCACGGAAGAUGAGGUGAUACCCGGCAACGCUGGUCUGAAAGAUCAGGCCUUGGCCUUGAAGUGGAUUCACGAUAACAUCAUGAUGUUUGGUGGAAACCCUCACAGCGUCACUCUCACUGGCUGCUCAGCUGGGGGUGCUAGUGUGCACUACCAAUAUCUGACACCACUUUCUAAAGGUACUUUCCACCGAGGCAUAGCAUUCAGUGGUUCAGCGUUCUCAUCAUGGACGUACGCUGUCAAACCUGCGCAGAAGGCCAAAGCACUGGCCGCCAUUGUCGGCUGUCCUACCACCACCACUCGUGAAAUGGCCGAGUGCCUCAAAUACCGACCCGGGGAAGUCAUAGUCAACGCGCAAAUUGAGAUGUUUGAUUGGAAACUCCAUUGGUUCACUCCGUUCACGCCAACAGUGGAAGCUCCAGGAACAAGAGAUCCCUUUCUGUCUCAGUAUCCUUACAUCGCAAGCCAAGCUGGCGCUAUGCACCCUCUCCCACUUAUAACUUCCGUGACGUCUGAAGAAGGACUGUAUCCUGCUGCGUCAUACCAAACAGACCCAACCAUUCUACCAGAACUAGAGUCAAGAUGGGAACAUCUCGCUAGCAAUAUUUUCGAGUACAACGACACUUUGCCACUCUACUUGCGCGCAACUGUUGCCCAAAAGAUUAAGGAGAAAUACUUGGGUGGUAAACCUGUGGGGCAGGACACGUUCGCGGGACUUGUUCAAGCCCUCGGGGAUCGCAUAUUCCUGGUGGGUGUCGGCAAACUAGCUCAAAUACAUGCUCAAAGAUCCGGUAAACCGACGUACCUCUACCGCUACUCCUACCGCGCGGAAAACAGCUUGUCCGAUCUAUUGAGCCAAAGCAACAUAGACUAUGGGGUGAGCCACGCGGAUGAUAUUCUACUGCUGCUGGUCCAGUUCCCAUCAGACCAGCCCCGUCCAGCAGACCAGCAAAUGAGAGAAGCUCUUAUAGAUAUGAUCUACAGUUAUGCCAAUACAGGCGUUCCAAGAAUCCCAAACGGUCCCGAAUGGUCACCAGUGCGGCCGGGACAAGCUGAGCUGGACUACCUUGAGAUAACCGGACCUAAGAGCAUGGAGAUGAAGACCAGCGCAGACUUCGGGAACAGAGCGUUCUGGGACAGCCUCGGCUUCAACGAGAAUGAAAACUAUCGUGUGAAUAUAAGAGAUGAAUUGUAGUUUUUUUGGUACCAAAAUUAUUCAACAGUGUAGGCUACACACACGCGCCAGUGACCGCAGCGACGCGCGACGGUAACGGAACGUCAGAUUGGACAAGGAACUGUGAUGCACGCCGCUGGACCUGGCACGUUUCCUGUCCAAACUUCAUGUCUUGUGUUCAAGAUCAAGGCCUUCUGGACAAUAAAUACUUGUUGGUUACUAUCUGAUGCCCGCGACUUCGUUCGCGUAGAUUUAGUUUUUAAAAAUCCCGUGGGAACUGUUUAUUUUGCGAGAUAAAAAGUUGCCUAUUCUCUAAUCCAUGAAAAAAACCACAUCGUUCCGUUGCACCGUUGCGGGGAUUGAAGGACAAACCAACAAACAAACACACUUUUGCAUUUAUUAACAUCGCCAUUUAUUUUGUGCCCUGGAUUCUAGGCACUUAGUAAAUUGGCAGAAUCAAAGUUACAUUGUUGGGUUAGUAGAGUACCUAUCAGAAAUAAAUCAUUUGUCGAAAAAAAUUCUGUCACACACACUCUGUGAACAUCAGAUGCGUACCUACGACCAAACCAGUAAAAUUAUUAUAUGCGGCCGGCCUAAAGGCAAGUACGUAGGUAGGUACCAACUCUUAGCAAUGCCAAGAAGUCUACCCAACAAUGAGCUAACUUGAUCCUGCCUAUUUUCUUAGAUGAUAUCAUUAAGUUUAGUAAUUUGAAUCUACAUGAAUGUUAAUUUUGUAACCCUUUAGGAUUUAGUUAGCUAAGAUAGCACAAAGUAUCUACAUAUAACUUGUGUGAUGUUAUUCUGAAACUUUACCUAAUUAUGUAUGCAAAACUUCAGUGAAUACUUGUUAUUAAGUACCUACUUAUGUAAAUCUAUUUGAACAUGUUUACAACGUAAUUUUUUGAAGGCUUGAGAAAGCCUAAUUUCAUAUUUUACAAUAUUAUUAUAAUCAUAUCAAAAAUAGAGUGACAAGUGAAAUCUUAUAUUGAUUUGGUGUCUAAGAAAUAUCCAUUUACUAUAAAACACUAUUAAAAAUGUUUAGAUGUUAGAUUAUUUUCAUUAUUUUCCAAGUCACAGAAUCUUAGUAUUUUUUUUAAGGAAUUGUGGCAUGUAUAAUUAUUAUGAUUAGUGAAAUAAAAAUCAAUUUAUAAGUUAGUACAUAUUUUAUUUUAUACCAUUUCAUUCCAUGAAAAACCUAUCCUUAAUUAGGUACACUUCCCCUAUAAUAACUAUAAUAUUAGUAGUUUAGAAUAAUAAAAGCAACUGUUUAAAAUUUAAAAAAGCUAAAUUUUUGUAUUUUUUUAACAAACAAGAAAAAAAUGCAUUCUGAAAAGAAAACUAUUAUGUAUUUUAACAGGUAAUUCUCUAUAUUUAGGUAUUUAUAAAAAAAAUGAAAAUACAAAAGCAAUUCCAAACAAAUAAAUAAAAAUAUUAGCAUUAAAAAUAGCUAUGGAAGUACCUACACAGUAAACAUACAUAAACUAAUUUACAUAAGUAUGCUCAAACACACACAUUUAAAUAAAUUGCUUAAACAUUACCAACACAACAAACUCAGACUUUUAUAAAAAAAAUAGUACUAACAAACACAUCUAGACAAUAAAAUCUGUUUUUAGUGUUAGUUUCAUUGUUUUAUUACAAAAUUGAUAAGUACCCACAUAUUUGGAAAAGUUAUAAAAUUAAUUUACAUGGAAUUAUAAAUUCUUUUUAUACUAGACUAUUUUUUUAUUUGACAAUAGUAUUUUUUUUAAUUAAUACACUUUACAAAAUUAUAAAGCUGUGCUGUGUGCUUUGCCAAAAAGUGCAAAUUUAGAAAUGAAAUUAUUAUUUUAACACCUAUAGUAAGCCAAUUAUAUGUAUUUUUAAUGUUUCUUUUGAAACUUAAGUUUAAAUAAAACAAAUAAGCAGUAUAAGCAGUUUCUGGAACUCACUAAAAGUUUUCAACAGUAUUUAGAUCAUGUUCAAAAUUACUUUCCAACCCCUGACCUAGGACAACAAAAAUUCCAGAUAAUCCGAUUACUAAUGUGUUAAAAUGAUAAUUUAUGUUAAUUAAAUCUUUUUGAGUCAACAUCAGGACAUUAUUGUGAAAUUCAACAAUGAAUCACAGCGUUACAUCAGCAUAUGAAUUAAAUUUAAUCAACAAUGUGAUUAGACAAGCUUACAAAUGGAUGUAGGUUACAAAAAUAGAUAUAUGCAAUAAUCAGUGGCAUUCACUUCAUACAAGCAAUAAGGCACUCGCCUACACUUUAAAAUUCCAUUAAAAUAAUACAAGCCAUUUUUUUCGUUCCUAUAAUUCAGGCAGAAA